UAUUGAAAAUUUCCGUUAGAUGGGUUAUGCGAACAUGGCACAACGCGGCAAAGGCAUCCAUUUGCGACAAUUUGCCCGUACCUUCAUCGUGGGCGAUCAAACAACCAACGACAGAAUCGUUUUUGUGAGUGUUGAUGCCGCCAUGAUGGGUCACAAUGUGAAACGAGGGGUAAUUGAAAGAUUAGCUGCUACUUACGGUCCCGAUUUGUAUCGCAUGGACAACGUUAUCAUCAGCGGAACACACACACAUAGCGCUCCAGGUGGUUUCUUAUCGUAUCUGAUGUAUGACAUGUCAAUUUUGGGCUUUGUCAAAGACUCGUAUGUCGCUCUCGUGGAAGGAAUUGUCGAAAGUAUCGAUGCUGCCCACAAAAAUAUGCGGUACGGGCGCAUUUUUAUCGAUGAAGUCGACGUCGAAGAUGCAAAUAUCAACAGAAGUCCCAUCGCGUAUGAGAAUAAUCCGCAAUCUGAACGCGAAAAAUACGGCCAUAACACGGAUAAAAAGCUCGUACAGCUGAGAUUUGAGAAUUUGGAUAAAAAAGUACUUGGAGCGUUCAAUUGGUUUGCCGUUCAUCCGGUUUCGAUGAACAACACGAAUCGACUUGUGUCCUCAGAUAACGUCGGAUAUGCCUCGAUUUUGCUGGAAAAGGAGAAAAAUGGCAGAGAAACGCUCGUCGGCGACGGAGAUUUUGUUGGAGCGUUCGCUUCGUCGAAUUUGGGAGACGUUUCUCCGAACAUCAUGGGUCCAAAAUGCGAAAAAACCGGAAAUUCUUGCGAUAUUUUGACCUCCAAAUGUCCCAAAGGAGAAGGUCCUUGCUUCGCAUCGGGACCCGGAAAGGACAUGAUGGAAAGUACAAAAAUUAUCGGAAGUCGUAUUUAUGAAGCUGCCUCGAAAUUGCUGAAUUCGAAGAAGGGACGUGAAAUUUUGGGACCUCUUCAGUCGAUGCACCAAACGAUCGAUAUGGCUUCAGCUCGGGGAUUUUUCAACAAUUCCGUGACAAAUAAAGUUGACGAGUACCAAGGAUGUCUUCCGGCAAUGGGAUACAGUUUCGCCGCAGGAACUACUGACGGCCCGGGACUUUUUACCUUCGAUCAAGGCACAACCACGGACAAUCCUUUGUGGAAUUUGAUGCGAGAUUUCUUAGCAGAACCCACAGAAGAGGAUAUUCAAUGCCAUUCACCGAAGCCAAUCCUAUUGAUGACCGGAAAAGCUACUUUUCCGUAUGACUGGACCCCGAGAAUUGUCCCGACGCAAGUUGUAAGACUCGGAAAUGUCGUUCUCGCUGCUUUUCCGGGCGAAUUGACGACUAUGUCAGGGCGACGGAUGCGAGAACACAUCAAAAAUACCGUAAAAUCCGAAACUGGCGACGAUGUCGAAGUCAUUAUCGCAGGUUUGUCGAAUCUUUAUACGAGUUAUGUCGCCACGCCGGAAGAAUAUGAGAUUCAACGAUAUGAAGCGGCAAGUACUUUGUAUGGAAAACACACUUUAACGAUUUAUCUGAAGCAAUUUGAGGACAUAACUCGUGCCAUGUGUCGAAAUGAGCAACUUCCAGCUGGUCCGGAACAACCGAAUUUGAGUGACAAGCAAAUUUCGUUGAAUCCGCCGGUUUUGUAUGAUGGACAUGCUGCGGGAAAGGAUUAUGGAGACGUUUUAGUAGAGCCUUUGUUGACGUAUGAGAAGGGAGAUGAGGUUUACGUGAGAUUUAUUAGCGGCAAUCCACGGAAUAAAGUCAUCAGGAACGGGAGUUACUUCACGGUUGAGCAAAAACAGCAAGAUGGCAGUUGGAAAGUUAAGUACACGGAUGCUGAUUGGGAUACAAGAUUUGUGUGGAAAAGAACAAACACGAUAAUGGGUUGGAGUGAAAUCAGCUUCUUUUGGAAUAUUGCGGAUGAUGCGGAGGAAGGAACUUACAGAAUUCAACAUUUUGGAUGGUAUCAGUACAUUUUGGGAGGCAAAUAUCGUUACAGUGGCACGUCACGAGAGUUUAUUGUAGAAUAAAUUUCAUUUUUUAUCC